GUCGGUACGUCAUCAAUCUAUUGAUCGGUUUUUACUUUGGAAGCUCGUCGCAACGGAAAUCUGUUCAUCAUUGUGAUUGUUUCGGGAGAAAUGCCACUGUAGAGAGAGUCUGUUUAGAACUUCAUCAAGAGAGUCGACUGCCGAGUUUGCGAGUCGGAAUACAUCGUCGGACGCGAAAAGUAACCUUUGUCGUUGAUAAUUGAUUUUGAAAAAAUCGUCCCAACCCCGAACCCAACUCCAGCAAGUUUGCAGUAGUCAGUAACCCCCGCCACGCCCACGUCCCGUUUCAUCGGUCUUCUACUUGUGAAGUCGAGGCAGUGCUUCAUGCUUCUCGAACCCUGAAUUCUCUCAAAAGUUGAAAUUUGAUGCUGUAGGGCACCGGUUUUUGUGCAUGCUUCCGCGAGUAGGAACAUGUUUAUAGAAGUACUGUACAGUACUUGACAAGGCUGUAUGCACUAGUAACGCUAACAGCGGCAUUGCUAGUUGUAUGGAAGAAGUUAAUUAGAACAAGGACAAGCGCUAUCUUUGCUUGAUCAAGAUAGAAUCAAAGACCGAAGAACAUGACCACCCCAGCAGCACCGCCAUCACCGGCAGGUGCGAAUAGCACCGCACCUGUCCCGCGCACCAACAACAAUGCCCAAAUACCAAGAAAUACCCGAACGCCUCCUGGCGUACAACAAGCCACAUUCCUGUUACCUCCGAUAGGGCUAACGAAGCCGGUCCAAGGUGGUGCCUGGACUAGAGCACCGGAGUGCACUGAAGAAGAGAAGAAAGUGAACCAGGCGAUUCGCGCAAAGUACUACACUAGUACGCGAAAAGGAAUGGGCAGUUCUUUCAGCUUCGGGAGCAGUCAGUCGACAUCGCAAAUGCUUGGUGGAGGAGGCAGUAUUACUCUACUCAGCUUAAUAAAACAACCUACUCCUUCUAGUUCUACACGUACACCUACCCUAUCUCUAAGCCUAACAACUUGCCCUUUACAUCAUGAACUCCAGGUAAGCAGACAAUGACGACACAGAGUGCAUCGAAACACGCCAUAAGUACGAGUUCCGGCGUGAUGACAUCGACACAAGCACUUCCUGCUGGUAGUCAUGUGAGCUCUGCUCUUUCCAGGACAGCUCCUGGUGGGGCGUUGACUUCUCAAGCAGCUGCUCAUGGCUCCACCACAACAGUCAGAACUACUACGAGAGGGAGCCCCAGAGCAGGCUCCCCACCAGGCACAGAGCAAGUCGGAGGCAGCUCUUCGAGUACCAGCCGCUUUCCCUUAGUCCCCCAACCAAUUGUCGGAUACGAAAAUUUCACGUUGGAACAAUACGAGAAGAUCUACUCCGAACAAGCGAAUGACGACCUCCAGGAGGAAAGGCGAAGGAAGCAGAUGCAAGCUGGUCCCGUCGCUACAUCUUCGAGUAGUGGAGAGGAAGAGGGUGGCAACGGCAAGUCGAAAGGUGGAAAAGAAGGCUUCAGCAAGAAGUUUGAGAGGAUAAAUGUCCAAGAUAUAGUAGGCUCUAUGGAACGAGAUAUGCGGAAUAUCAGGGAGUUCAAGAAUUUCCAACAGUACUUGAAGCAAGGUGGGGCGGCGAAGGAGAACAAGGGAGAAAAUUAUGGAGUGGCUUUAGAGCAUGAUGAACUUGAUUUUGAACAUCGAUGUGAAGUAAGAUUACAAAAAAGAAAAUUGACUCCUCUAAUGAUCACAAUCCUCCCCAGCAGACGACUCAGGAGGUGAAAGGACUGGCACGUCGGGUGGACGGAGGCCGUCACCUGACGGAAUGCAGGAACCCUACGACGCAAACAAGCAUAAAUCGAAGCAGGAUAUUGUACUAUAGUUAAAUAGCUUAGGUCGUUAAGCUACGGCUAUCACCAAGCGAAUCUUGAAGAUCUUAUAGAUACUUUGGUGCCUUCUUCUUGUAAUAUUUUGUGUACCUCUACUAUGAGUAUGACGUCUGACAACCUUAGAAGAUACUCAAAAAAUUCUCCAUUCCCCACGUCGACGUUUCCUCACGCAGCGGACUCUUGCUUUGCAGGUGAUGUUGCACGUCGACGAGCGUCGUUCUUUGAAACCUGCCGUACUCGCGGAAUUGCAGUUGCGGGUUCCUUUUCUAGACUACAAAACUCCUGGCAGCAGUGAAAAAAUAGAGCUCGUAGACAUCAGGAAGUUGGCGCAGAAUGCCAUGUGCAUGGGCAUGAACGGGAAAACGCCAUCAUUAGAGCAAUUGAUGGUUGCUUACAGGAGAAAGAAAAAAGACGAAGAAGCAGAGGCAAAUGGGAGUUUGGAUUAUGCUGGAAGCUUUAUUGAUAGUACCUCCAUAGGGCGGGUCAUUUACAGUUACAGUGAAGUAGGAAGUGCAGUUGUGCUUCAGAAGUUUCAGGAGGAGAAUCAGAAUGUGAUUAUGCAUGCACCAAUCUAAAUUCAUCGAAGUACUUACGACAAGGAAUACGAAUAGUAGGCGAGUAAUAAGUUUUACUUUUAGAAGUUUUUCUCUUAGUAUUAUAACAUGAUACUGUCUGUGUCCUUUACUCGUCUUCCUCCUCCUCCUCCUUCAUCCCUCCGAUACAAUCGAUUUUUUGAAACGGAACAAGAGUUCUGUGCAUGCGCACAGUAGGAGUGGUUUGGUUCCUAGGAUAUCCCAGGUUGAGGAUGACGAGUGGUACAUUGAAGCCUGGUGGAGACGGAAGUAUGCGUUUAAAGUUAAGGCUUUGAGGACACGGCCAUACUCUCUCAUAUCAUGUGUACAGUUGCGUCCCCUUUCGCUUUCGUAACAAAUAGAGAGUACUUGUUUCAACAAGUAGACACAGGGUACUUAGUCACUGUCACAAUUUACCCCGUAUUAGAAGUUCCCUCUUAGAAGUUCUUUGAUAUCGGUGUUUACUCUACGUCUAGGUCUUGUAAUACAGUCUAGUACAUCUCUAGCAACUACCCCAAGCUGCUUCAUCUAAUAUGCACAAAAUCGAGCAUAAGCAUGCAGAGCGUCGACUAGUCAAAAAAGAGAAGCGAGAUGGAGAGAUGGCGAUUUUACGGGAAUUGGAAGCCCAAUUUUUGGCGAGUCAGCGAGCAUGGAUAACGACCGCAGCGAUGCAUAAGUUCUUAUUGUCGAUAGACGAAAUACGGAAUUCUAAGGAGUUGAGAAGAAUCAAGAUGAUGAAGAGGAAAAAAGAGAAAAAAGAGAAAGCGGCGGCUGGUAUAAUUACUAAUUUUUUCGAGUACUUACUACUUUGCAGCAAGCAUUCCUGAUAAUGGUGAAGUUUUGAUUUUUGCCGUGAAGUUUGGAUUGUCUAAGUCCAACAACAUGACAAAAAUUUCACCUGUCUCUCAACUUUUCAGUGGCAGACGAAAUCGAAGGAGGUGAAGAAGGUGCCGCUAAGCCUGCUGCAGGUGGAGAGGAGAGUGAUAAGGAUAGUGACCUAGAGCGCGCACAGAGGACGGACUAUUACUACUCCAUCCUAUUCUACGCUACGAAAUUCCUCCGAGUCCUCUACAGGCAUCGGAUGAAGAAGGAGGCGAUGACACGCAUUAUAUGGCUCUUUCGGAUGGUGGAGACGAGCAGCGCUAUGAAAAGAGCGGUAUUAUCUGUUCGCCUUUGUAAGUAGCUGGUGGACGAGUUAAUGUUACCAUCUGCAAGUGUAACUGUAUAUUCAUCAUUGACGACGCUGUUGUAGUUGUUGUGUCAACGUGACAUUUUUCUUUUCGCUAUGAUCCAUAUCCUUCUUUCUCUCCUCCACUUCAUCAGCACUCUGUCAUCAACGUUCUAGGUCGUCCGCUUCGCCACGACCCUCCGUUCCAUCCCAGUCCGAGCGAAGAUCUAUCUAGCAAACAAGCGAAAACGCAAUGCAGAGAUGGAGGAGCAGUGGGAAAUCUACGAAGACGACAUGCUAGAAGAGCACUUUAAGAAGAUGCGAGCAGCAGUCGUGCGGGAGGCGAUGCAAGCCAGAAAGAAAAGCACUACGUCAGCCAAAAAAGGAGACGAUACCAUGAUGGAGAUAUUGGAAGGAGGAGGUACAUGGUUUUCUUUUUGCAUCAUGCUAAUACCUCCUUCUCGUCCAAUGUACUACAAGAAUCUUCCAAUUAUUGUUCUCCAACUCCAUCUUAAAAAACAAAACCGCGCACGGACGACAGGCGGCGUCAACUGGCGUCAAUUCCGCGUUCCCACUCAUCUGCGAGCAAGUUGGAUCCAACAGAGCUACAUCGAGAUGAUGUUGUCUAACCAGAGAGCGGCUGCCCAGUUGUACAAGUCUAUCAAACGAAGCUACAUGGAGCAAGCUCAAAUGGUGAAUUUUCUACGGAGAAUGGGCGUCGAGGAGGAUGAAGUGGACAAGGCGAAAAGCGAGAUGGAACCUGGUAUAAGAACUCCCAGUUGUACAACUGGUGUAGUAGUACUAGACUUCUAUUAUAAUUCCAUUUUAGUCUUAGAAAAUAACAACUUGAGGUACUAGAAGUAAGUUGUAAGUUGCAACAGAGCUGUACUACAGUGUAGGAGGACAGUACCAGGAGUAGGAGUGUCUAGUGGUAGUUGUGCCAGAGUUUAGGUUCUGUACUUCCAGUUGCUACAGCUUUCCAUGAUCAACAACAUGAUGAAGAUUCGCCAUCCCACUCGUCCUGAGUUAUAGAUACAACCCAUCCUCCAUAACCAUCCAUCCAUCCCUCUACAACAGAGUACAACCCCUCGAUGGUGAAAUUUUGGCAUCUGCAGGAUGAGCAGAUCAGAGACGCGAUUUCCAAGAUUAUCAACGAGCACUGUCGCGAAUGGGUUCAGCAUCCCCUUUAUCUGGACGAGUUUGAGUUGGAGAAGAGAGGUCAACAUCUCCAAAAACCAAAACGAUUAGAACCUGACCACGAGUUGACAGCUACGAACGGCUCAGCUGGUGCAGAAGGUCCUUCUGCGAAUGUGGAAAGGAUCGAUGAUCCUCGUGACAGAGUGGUAGACGAUGACGGCGACAGUGAGCUUGAUUGGUUUACUGACUCGAAGAACAUCAUCAACUUCAAAGAGCCAGCUCCAAGAUGA